ACGUGUCUUGGAGGAGGCAUGGGAUUGUAAGAGAAGCCAUGGGCUUGUAAGUUAUAUAAAAUAAAUAAAUAAAAAGAGCUCUGUCUUAGUUUUCUCUCUUUCUAUCUUUCUUUCUUCUGAGAAAGAGAGACAGAUAAAGAGAGAGAAUGGGUGGCAACAGCAACGCCAUCAGCUUGGAAGAGAUAAAGAACGAGAAUGUCGAUCUCGAGCGGAUCCCGGUAGAGGAAGUCUUCGAGCAGCUGAAAUGUACAAGAGAGGGUUUGACGUCGGAGGAAGGGGCCCAGAGGCUCCAGAUCUUUGGCCCAAACAAGCUAGAGGAGAAAAAGGAGUGCAAGGUUCUCAAGUUCUUGGGCUUUAUGUGGAAUCCUCUAUCAUGGGUCAUGGAAAUCGCUGCCUUAAUGGCCAUUGGAUUGGCUAAUGGAGGGGGAAAGCCUCCAGAUUGGCAAGAUUUCGUUGGCAUUGUGGUGUUACUGAUCAUCAAUUCCACCAUCAGCUUCAUCGAAGAGAACAAUGCCGGAAACGCAGCCGCCGCUCUUAUGGCUGGUCUCGCUCCAAAAACUAAGGUGCUUAGAGAUGGUAAAUGGGGCGAGCAAGACGCAGCCAUUCUUGUACCGGGCGAUGUGAUAAGUAUCAAGCUAGGCGACAUCGUCCCAGCGGAUGCACGGCUCCUCCAGGGCGACCCACUGAAAAUCGAUCAAUCUGCUCUCACCGGUGAAUCUCUCCCAGUCACCAAGUACCCCGGCAAUGAGGUCUUCUCCGGCUCCACUUGCAAGCAAGGUGAGAUCGAGGCCAUCGUCAUUGCCACAGGCGUCCACACGUUCUUCGGUAAGGCGGCCCACCUCGUCGACAGCACAAACCAAGUGGGGCAUUUCCAGAAGGUCCUCACUGCCAUUGGUAACUUCUGUAUCUGCUCGAUCGCUGCUGGCAUGCUCGUGGAAGUCGUCGUGAUGUACCCGAUCCAGGAGCGUAGAUACAGGGAAGGGAUAGAAAAUCUAUUGGUGUUGCUUAUCGGCGGCAUCCCUAUCGCAAUGCCUACAGUGCUGUCCGUCACGAUGGCAAUUGGUUCUCACCGUCUAUCCGAGCAGGGGGCCAUCACGAAGAGAAUGACAGCCAUUGAGGAGAUGGCAGGGAUGGAUGUGCUAUGCAGUGACAAGACUGGGACCUUGACUCUCAACAAGCUGACUGUUGAUAAGGCCUUGAUCGAGGUGUUUGUGAAGGACGUCGACCAGGAAGCUGCCGUACUUCUCUCUGCCAGGGCAUCAAGGGUCGAAAACCAGGAUGCCAUUGAUGCUUCCAUCGUGGGAAUGCUGGCCGAUCCCAAGGAGGCACGAGCAGGUAUCACAGAGGUCCAUUUCCUUCCAUUCAACCCCGUCGAGAAGCGCACGGCUAUUACCUACAUCGACUCCGACGGCAAAUGGCACCGUGCUAGCAAGGGCGCACCCGAGCAGAUCAUUGAGCUUUGCAGCCUCGACGAUGAUGCUCAGAGUAAGGUCCAUGCUAUCAUCGCCAAGUUCGCGGAUCGUGGCCUUCGGUCACUAGGCCUUGCCAAACAGAUGGUGCCGGAAGCCAAAAAGGAGAGCGCGGGUGAGCCGUGGGAAUUUGUGGCGCUGUUGCCCCUGUUUGACCCUCCGAGGCAUGAUAGUGCAGAGACCAUCCGUCGGGCCCUGAACCUUGGCGUCAACGUGAAGAUGAUCACAGGCGACCAGCUCGCCAUUGCCAAGGAGACAGGCCGUAGACUGGGCAUGGGCACUAACAUGUACCCUUCCUCCUCCCUUUUAGGCCAGAGCAAAGAAGAGUCGAUCGCCUCUGUUCCUGUUGAUGAGCUCAUCGAGAAGGCUGACGGCUUCGCCGGUGUCUUCCCAGAGCACAAGUAUGAGAUCGUGAAGAAGCUGCAGGAGAAGAAACACAUCUGCGGAAUGACCGGAGAUGGUGUGAACGAUGCGCCAGCACUGAAAAGAGCAGACAUUGGAAUUGCGGUGGAUGACGCAACGGACGCAGCCCGCAGCGCGUCUGAUAUAGUAUUGACAGAACCAGGCCUGAGCGUCAUAGUGAGUGCAGUUCUGACAAGCCGUGCCAUCUUCCAGAGGAUGAAGAACUACACCAUCUAUGCAGUGUCCAUAACAAUCAGGAUCGUACUUGGGUUUAUGCUCAUUGCACUCAUCUGGAAGUUUGACUUCUCGCCCUUCAUGGUCUUGAUCAUUGCCAUCCUCAAUGAUGGCACCAUCAUGACCAUCUCUAAAGACAGGGUGAAGCCGUCGCCAAUGCCGGACUCAUGGAAACUCAAGGAGAUCUUUGCCACUGGUGUCGUCCUCGGCGCCUACUUAGCCAUCAUGACCGUCAUCUUCUUCUGGGCCAUCCAUGACUCGGACUUCUUCACUGAGACGUUUGGCGUGCACUCGAUCCGGGGCAACACUGAUGAGAUGACAGCCGCUCUCUAUCUCCAAGUCAGUAUCAUAAGCCAGGCGCUCAUUUUCGUGACACGAUCUCAGGGCUGGUCAUUUAUUGAACGGCCCGGCAUCUUGCUCGUCACCGCCUUCCUCCUAGCCCAGCUGGUGGCUACACUUAUCGCUGUGUAUGUGAACUGGGGCUUUGCUCGGAUCAAAGGCAUCGGAUGGGGAUGGGCCGGCAUCAUCUGGCUAUACAGUAUCGUCUUCUACUUCCCUCUGGACAUCCUGAAAUUCAUGAUCCGCUUCGGGUUGAGUGGAAAGGCCUGGGAUGGAAUGCUCCAGAGCAAGACCGCCUUCACGACUAAGAAGGAUUUUGGAAGAGGUGAGAGGGAGGCCCAAUGGGCCCUAGCCCAGCGCACUUUGCACGGUCUCCAGUCCGCCGAGACUUCCGAAUUGUUGAAUGACAAGAGCUAUAGGGAGCUGUCCGAGAUUGCCGAUCAAGCGAAGAGGCGUGCUGAGGUUGCAAGGCUUAGGGAGCUUCACACGCUUAAGGGGCACGUUGAAUCAGUGGUGAAGUCGAAGGGAUUGGACAUCGAGACCAUCCAACAGAGCUACACUGUUUGAAGCUAGAGGAAAGAGGGACUCCGGGUGAUAGGUAAAGAAAAUUCAGGAUGGCAGAAGGGAGGAAAGAAGAGAAACAUUGUUUUUACUUGCCAUUUUUAUAUUUUCUUUUCUUUUCUUUUCUUUCUUCCCAUGUAACUGAGAAUAACCAAGAUUUCAUAAGGAGGCUAAGGUUAAAAAAGGGGCAUCAAUUAACCGAAAAUCAAAACUGAGAAAAUGUGUUGGUGAUGGUGACUAUUAUUCAUUUUUUUUUAUGAUAUAUCUUUUAUGUUCGCCUA